CAUAUGUAUCCUUGCUCCAUUUAGUUAGAGCAUUUUUAACCCUUUUAAUAUUCUCCUUAAAAGCUAUAAAAGGAUUAAUAGUAUUAGCAACCCAAUUAUGUCUCAUGACCUCCUUAAACUCUUUGUGCUCUGUCCAAAAUUUUAAGAACUUGAAAGAUGUCUUCUUUAUAGGGUUGGUUUCUUCACAAGUAAUAAACAUAGGGGCAUGGUAUGAUCCAGUCCUUGGUAAAUGUUCCACGUCAAUGUGAUUGAACCAAUUACUCAUCUCUUGAUUGAUGAGUAUUCUGUCCAACCUCUCAAAUAUACAAUCACUACCUGCUCUACCAUUCCACUAUGUAAAUGGACUCCCUUUGUAUUGAACUUUAUAUAAUUCACAUGUUUCAAUACAACAAUCAAAAUCCUCAUGAUCAAUAUCUUCCAUCGGCAGACCCCCUAUCUUUUCUUCAGCAUUCAAUAUAACAUUAAAAUCUCCUCCAAUAAGGCAAGAGCUAUUCAUGUCAUCUGUCAAGUGAUAUAUAUCCUCCCACAACAAUACUCUUUCAACAACACCACAUUUGGCAUACACAAUAGUAACAUAAGAGUUGUGUUGUUGAGUCUGGUGCUUUAAAUUAAGAGUCAACUGUUGAUCUGUGUUACUAACAACUAUAAUGUCAAAAUCAUGAUUUGUGAAGACCCAUAUUUUUCCAUUACAAUUAAAAGUAGCAAAAGGCAUUCUCAACCUCCUUCUAUACUUGCUGAUAUGUCUACUGUCUUGAAAAGGCUCUAGGAGAGCAAUAAAUGAGAACUUGUGAAAAUUGUGUAACAUUUGAACCCUUUGAAACACUUGUUGUGACUUCACUGACCUUAUAUUCCAAAUAAAUGAUUUCAUCAUCUAUUAUAAGCUUUAUAUCUCUUUGGUUGUAUUCUGAUGGGUUGAGCACUAUCUCCAUUCCCUUGUUUCUUCUCUUUCCUUGCAGCCUUUAAGAUUCUAGGAUAUAAUUCUGCCUCUUUGUCUAUGUGAGCCAAAACAUCAUCAUCAUCUUCCUUGCUUACUUUAGUAGUCACUCCAAGGCCUUCUAUCUCCAACAAUGCAUUCUCCUCCACAUUAUGACUGAUAAUAUCAUGGAGAACUUUAUUUGGAGAUUCCCUUAUAGCCAGGAUUUGUGCUUCUUCAAUUUGACAAUUUGUAGGAUCGACUACUAUUGCCAACUUAUUAUCAAUAUUCCCUCUAUCUUCCCUUCUCUUUUCACUAUAGAUUUGAGGAAAUUGAUUGUUUUGUUUGUUAUAAACUACCACUGCCCAACUAUCUCUACAGGAAUUGUAGACGUCGAGGCUUCUCCUUGCAAAACCUAUCCAAAGGACCUGGUCACCCAUUCUUUUGCUGACAUGGGCUGCUCCUUUUCGACCCCCUUGUCUUGCUUUGUAUUGGAACCGUUGUCUAUGUUGACAUCAGCCUGUGUGAUCUUCUCUUGCGUAAGAGCAUCAAAAGAGUUAUCUGCUGUGACUGUCAUUUGAUUAUCAAGUUUCUCCUUAUUGCUUCUAUUUUUUCUGUUAUCUCGCAUCACAUUCCAGUGUCCAGGAUCCCCAACUACUUUGCCGCUUGAGAGAACUUUAGCUUUUCCUUUUUGAAUUGUGUGAACUGGACCAAUUUUCUCUUGAGCUACUUCUUUCAGCGGCUGAUCAUUGGUUUAUGUUUUUUGUUUUGAUAUAUUUGUGCUUCUACAUUCAUCUUUGUUAUGACCCCGCAUCUUGCAUUGUAUACUAUAUUGCGGAAUGUAAUCAUACUUUAUAGUAGCCAUAUUAGUCCUUA